AAUUUACAGGUGACAUGCUGACAUAACCCAAAAUAGAAGAUGGUGAGUUGUGGAUAUAUUGCUUGUAGACAACACAGCAGGGAAUCAGGAACAGCACCAAAUCUUCCUCAUUUCAAAAGAUUUCUGCUUAUUCUGUUCAUCAAAUCAAACCUACUUUAAAUUUUAUUCCAGUAACUCUUGAUUUACACUUUCGGUGGGCCUUGAAAAAUUUCCCUUUCUUUCAAUAUAAGCAACCAAGAGAAUACAGGCAAAAAGUUGUCAGCUUCCAGUUCCAGACGAUUCCAGUAUUUGAUAAAAUCUUGAAACAUUCACAUCUCAAUCAAGACUGUUAAAAUCAUUGAACUCUCUUUCUUUCCCUUUCAUUUGAUCAGAGAAAACCUGAGAGAUCAUAACCGAUAAGAGAAAGGAAUAAAGAGAGGCAGUGAAGUUGAAUGGCAGUGCAGUAUUCGUGUUGCGGUUCACAAUUCUUCAUACGAAUCGCAAUAUGCUUCAUACUGGUAGUGUUUGCUGGGUUGAUGUCAGGACUCACCCUGGGACUCAUGUCGCUCAGUCUCGUAGACCUUGAAGUAAUAGCUAAAGCUGGAUCUCCUGCUGAUCGUAAAAAUGCUUCAAAGAUAUUACCUGUUGUCCAGAGACAGCACUUGUUGCUCUGUACCCUCUUAAUAUGCAAUGCAGCUGCCAUGGAGGCCCUUCCAAUAUUUCUUGACAGUUUGGUUGCAGCCUGGGGUGCUAUUCUUCUUUCAGUGACACUGAUACUAUUGUUUGGUGAGAUCAUCCCACAAGCUGUUUGCUCGCGGUAUGGUUUGGCAAUUGGUGCUGCUGUUGCCCCUCUUGUUCGAGUUCUUGUCUGGAUUUGUUUCCCUGUUGCAUAUCCAAUAAGCAAGCUAUUGGACCUUUUGUUGGGGAAGAGACACAAAGCAUUGUUUCGGCGAGCUGAAUUGAAAACUCUAGUCGACUUGCAUGGAAAUGAGGCAGGAAAAGGAGGAGAACUUACCCAUGAUGAGACUACUAUCAUAGGUGGAGCACUUGGACUCACAGAAAAAACAGCAAGAGAUGCUAUGACUCCUAUAGAAAACACUUUUUCCAUCGAUAUUAAUUCUAAUCUCGAAAGGAAUUUGAUGAAUAUGAUAAAGGAUAAAGGACAUAGCAGGGUUCCAGUUUAUUAUGGGAAUCCAACAAAUAUCAUAGGCCUUGUCCUGGUGAAGAAUUUGCUGAGUAUUAACCCAGAAGACAAGGUGCCGGUAAAGAAUGUCACAUUUCGCAAAAUCCCAAGGGUUUCAGAAAACAUGCCUUUGUAUGACAUACUCAACGAAUUCCAAAAAGGCCAUAGUCAUAUGGCUGUUGUUGUUAGAAAUAGUGACUCAGAGCUUUCAGCCAGCAAACAUCCACAGGAAGAACCUUUGAGAGAGGUGAGAGUGGAGAAGGAUGGCAAACAACUGCCCCAGGAAAAGCAAUUGAGAAGCAAGAGAUCACUGAAGAAGUUGAAGAGCUUGCCUAAGACUACUCAUGAAUUUCAAAGAGAAACUUCUAAAGGAAAAAAGUGGUCAAAAAAUGUGGAAUCUGAAAUUUUGGACAUCAAAGAGAAACAACUUUCUGAGCUCUCAGGAGAUGGAGAAGCUAUUGGCAUAAUCACGAUGGAAGAUGUCAUAGAAGAACUGCUACAGGAGGAAAUAUAUGAUGAGACUGAUUACAGACGAGAGAAUUUAUAGCACAGGAAUCAGGAUCAAGUGCUAACAUAGCCGCUUUAGUUGCGAGGUUUACUCUUUAACCAGACAGCUUUUUUUUUUUUUUUUUGUGGUGACAAUUAAAAAGAAAAUCAUGCUGUAAUAUAAUAUUCUGGAAGUAUUGAUACUGAUAUUUCAAACUAGUAUGACUUCUGUAUUUCAUUUACAAUAACUGUACUUUGCUCUUGCAAACAACAUCAUUCAUUCAUUCCUUUUAUUCUGGCGUAAAAAGGUGGGUUAAUUGUUGAUAAUUUCUGUAUUACACAAAUGCUAAGUUCAACAGGAAUGACCCAUAACAGCAUAACCACAAUGAGAAGCUGUGUGAGAUUAACAACAUUCUGGUUGAUGCAUCAUAGGCAUGACUGAAUGAGUAGGGAUAUGAUGCCUAUUGAAGGCACUUCACAGAAUUCACACACACAAAAGCUUAAGUUACCAGAACACUAGGAACGGGAAUAAGAAACAAAACAAGCAUUACAUUUACAAGGGAUCAAAAUAAAAUAAGGUUGAGCUGCUGUUGCCAUGGAAGAAAUAGAAACAUGGUUCAACUUUGAGAGCUUUGCUUACCUAUGUUAUCUAGAUCGGCACAAUCUCCCCCCCCCCCCCCCCCCCC